GCGGAGAGAGUAUAUUUCAAUAUUAGUUGAUAUAUGAUUUCUCUGCUUACUCGUGGAUACCCUCUAGUCCGUGGACUCUUCCACUUUGUGACUGCUGUCUUAUUUUAGUCGCAACUCCUAAAUUAUUUCUUCAUUUCAUUUCAUUCCAUUUCACAUGUUUAAAGAAGGUCGUUCUGCAGCAAUGCCGAUUUUCGAGGAGCCCUCUAUUAUAGCUUUGUGUAACUUAGAGUCUUCUUGGGGUCUUUUAUAACUUAUAGGAAAAAAGCUUUUGUAUAAAUGACUUUGGGUUCUACUGGGGGUACUGUCUUCUUUUAUAGCAUUGAUUUUCUGGUCACCAUCUUCCAUUUCAGAAUUCCUUCUUGAGAACAGCAUGCCAAUCACUAGGAUCCCUGUUUUUAUUGAUCUGUGAUGGUGGUGUAAAAUUGAAGGAAUUCUCGAAAUAGGAAAUCAUGAUUGGUGUGUGAUACACCACUUGUGUUUUGACGAAUAAUGAAUAUGUAGUUUUCAAGAUCAUCAUUGAGAAUAACACGCAAUCAUCGGUCACCAAAACAGCCACACUUUUCUUUGUCUUCUAGUCGCCUUCUUCUCGUUCAAUUGUGACUGCAUUAAUCAGUUGUAUGCACUGCUCUCAGCGGCUUCAGUCUCAGCAAUGUUUCACAAGCAAAGAGUUCCUCUUUUUAAAUCGAUCAGCUAAUGAUGGCAUGUAUCUUCACUUUCAUGACGCUUUUAAUCAGCAUUGAUCUUGCAAGCAUUCUCAUCAUAACAGACCAUUUUGUUAUCAAGAAACUCACACGAUGGCUUUAGUGUUAUCUCUUUUUAAACAUUCAUUUUCUAUAUGGUUGUGGCGGAUCAUCUUCUCAAUGAACCAUUUUUGACGUAUUAGGUAAACCUACGUUUUCGCGAAUCUGCUCGACUCGUGCGCCGUGCGAAUGAAUUGUUAAAAAUCACACGUGGCGCAAGUUUUUGAAAACCUUCCGAAAAGCUGAACAGAGAAAAUGAAUGUCACAAGAUGGUUAUUCUCAGUGUCUUGGUCUAUAGAAAAAAUGUGAAUCAAUUUGAGCUUAACCUGGUGGAUCAAUUUGAGCUCAACCUGGUUGCAGAUUCUCCAGGACAUUUCUUCACUGAGGGUAAGUUUUAUCCAGUAAUGUAUAUUAAUCACCUUGGGCUGGGCGACAUCCCCAGGACAGUUUUUUGAGGGUAUGCAUUUUUCUUUGGUUAGGAAAAUAUUCCUCUAAAGCAUGCUUGGAAUCACCGGUAAAGAAACCUUGAUAGUUGACGUUUUUUCUAAUAAGUGGUAUUUACCCACCCAAACCCAGUAUGGUUAUGCCAACGUCCAGAAAAUGUUACAGCCACACGAUCAACAACCGUGAGAAAGCAGUCAUUUAAAAAGCAGCUUAGAUGCCACAUCCAUGUCUCACCAAGUUUCCAUUAUGAUUCUGAUGAAGUAUUCAUAUCUUUAGGGUAUUGCCCAGAGGAAGGAUGAGUACUUUUCAAAAACAAUCUAAAACAAUCUAAAACAAACUAAAGCAAUCUAAAACAUUCUAAAACAAACUCUAAGCAUUUUUUUUAACUUGCGUUUUUAGAAGGGCAUGUAUUUUACCUUUUCAUAAUGAUUAGAGAAAAUGGAAAGCCUGGUUUGUAACAUUGCUCCAAUGUUCAAUUCAGUAUUCUUAACCAAAGGUUUAAAUUGGGAAAAACAAAUGGCUAAAUUUAAAGUAUGUUGCGGACUUACCGGGUUACUAGCACGCAGACCUCCAUGAUAGAAGCCUCUAACGAGCAUCCCUUGUAGCUACAUUUUGGUUUUGUAGAAUGUUCUGUUCUUGCAUCAUUUUCCAACAAAACGAUGUCCUUUUUUCAUAAGUCAUGAGUUUCAUCUUGCUAGUUGUAUUUCAGAGCUAGCAGCAAAUACAGUAGCUGUAGAUUUGUAUGUUUACUUGCUCUAUUAGACUUAAUUAAAAGAGGUGUUUCUCGAUAAUAGCCAAACUGGUGUCCCUAUCACCUGUGAAAUCGUAUUGUACUUGUUGCCCUGUAACCCAUACAAUGAAUUUACACGGUUGGUUGUUUUACUAUCAUGCCCGCAAAGGGGGGUGAUCCUUCUUGAUAGCAAAUCAUUUCAAAUUUGUUUUCCAAUUCAAUUCGUAGUGAAAUUCUUGAAAUGGAGCCCCCGGUUUGCCUUCGUCUCCCCAAACAAAGUAUUUCGCUCUCUACUUAAAUUAACGAAAAAUACCUAUAGCUUACAUGCUUUUACUUUUAGGAUGCAGUGGAUAUCUAGUCUUUGUUUUGUGCUUUUCAUACUGCGAAACGCUGUUUGCGGAGACAAGCUUGUAAAGUUAGUCGAUCCAGACAACCCUACUAGUGGAUCUGCGAUAACAUGCAGGCCUCAGGAUGGUUGCGCUAUCACUAAAAAGCAUGAUGGUGACCAUAUAUUCAAAUUAAAGGAAACUGCCGUAGGAGAAAAUGACGUCUACCCGAUUCUACGAGAUAAUGCAAUCUCAUUUGAAUCUGUAAAAUUCCCAGGCUACUACAUGGUAGAGCGCAUUAAGAAUGGCAAAAAGCUGAUUAUGUUGGAUACUAUCAACUCCAACUCAAAAGCAGAUAGAAAAUCAGCCACAUUUAUUCAACAUUUCAAGGUUUCCACUCACAGUUAUGUAUUCCAAGUCGCUGGUAGAUAUUACAACUUUAUUUGCAAUAUAGCAAUAUCCAAAGGUGGCCAGCUUUACACAGGGAUAGAUGAUGACUCGAAGUAUUUUGCGGACCGAUGCUCUUACGAUAUGAUUGACAUCAAAGACGACGAGGUGAAAGGCCAGCCACAGACGGGGGCUGGCGACAAAGCUAAUGGUGGUGGUGGUGCUGGCGGUCUUCCUGGGAGCGGGGGCAAGGGCGAUGGCGGGAAAGGCAACUUCGUCAAACUUUUCAUCCCUGGCCCCCCUGGAAUACGCCCAACUCUUGGUCUCAAGGCCGAUCUAUUUCAAAAGGUUAGAGUUGGAAUGCCACCUGAUCAGUUCAUCAUCAAAUCCCCCGGGCUGAACGGCGUUGAAGGAACAUAUUCAUUUGAAUCAGCAAAGUAUCCCAUGUUUUACCUUCAGAGAAUUGGCAGGGACAUCUAUCUUGAAGCACUGAAAAGGAACCAAGAUUUCUAUGCCUCUGCUACAUUCAAGGCUACACCAUACAUAAACAAGAAAAAUCGUUAUUUUGUCAGCCCGUACAGCCAACCAGAAUGGUUUCUUGGCCAUUUACAUGUUCCUCCAUUUUAUGUACGUGCUAUGUACAACAACAACACUGCUGAGUUCGACUUAGAUGUCUCCUGGAUAUUCAAGUACCAAAAGCAGAAAGAGCUAUUCGGGUUAGGCACACACCACGAUUUAUUCCGCGCUCUUAUCAAGCUACUCUCUCUUGUCCACGGUCCUCUAACUGCAAGUCAAGAAUCAGCUAUUUUCCAAGCUCUUCAUGGGAACACCGACUUGACAGAACUCGGUAACUCGACAGCAAUCAUGCAGCUGUUGCAGUCUCAACACAAUAGCUUGCUGCUUUCACAACUGGCCACAAUCAACGGACUCCAAGGAGUUAAACCCGUCAUACCACCAGCAGCUGAUGCCUCAGCGCUUAGUGAUGCCACAACUGCUGCCGGAUCAGUUGCAGGUGCUACAGCAGGGUCUGCCGCGGGUACUAAUACCGGUGGUGCUGGUGGCACAUCAGGUGGCACAUCAGUUGGUACAUCGGGUGGUACAUCGGGUGGUUCGGUUACAGACAAAGUUAAAACUGACAAUAAACCAGAAACUGAGGUCGUCGUAGAAAAAUACGAGCCUUGGAGUGACUGGAGCUCGUGCAGUGCCCAGUGUGGAGCCGGACACCAAAUUCGCGUCCGGCCAUGCAAAGUUAAUGCGCAAACUUGCACACCUUUGCAGCAAAGUCAGUCUUGUGUAGCAGCAGCCCCCUGUCAACCAGCUGGAACAGUCCAAGCGAGCCCACAAGUCGUUCAAACAGUGCCACAGGUGGCUCAAGCUGUACCACCGGUAGUUCAGGCUGCUCCUGUUGCCCAGGCGACUGGAGGAUGCCCUAUGACUUGCGGUUACGAUUGCAACCCUACCUCUUGCCCCCUAUCCUGCUGCUCAAGUAGUCUCGUUAAGAAGCAUCACAUUGCCAAAGUGAAGCAUUUCAAACGGAAAUUUGAAAGAGCCAUCAAACAUAGGGGACAUCACAAGCAGUAAUUGUUGUGGGCAACGAAAGGAUGAGACCUUCAACAAAGUCCUCUUUACAGGUUCUGAUACAAUUUCUAGUUCUCCUAGCACAGAAAAUUACCAUGAAGGUUAUAAGUCGUAUUUGUAGUUGAGAAAACAGCAAGAAGUUUUUUAUUCCAAAUAUGCUCGUUGCUAAUAUGUUUCGCAACUAAAUUAUACGCAGAAGAAUAAGAGUACCCAUAGCAUAAUGGCUGAUAGAUGAUAUUGCUAAUUCUUAAUUGUUAUAAAGUGAAAUUACGGUUUUUGUACUUAACGGGUAAAAGGAGUAAUUGAUUGUAUGGUAUUAAUCAAACAUUUUCAAAAUAUUGCGAUUUUAAAAUUUUAAAGUUUUAGGCCCAUAAACAGCCCUUAGCAUGUGUGAGCAUGCUUUCAAUUUUCUUCUAUCCAAAUCUUUAAAACAAGCCCUGGAAAAUUGCUUUUAUUCUACCGUUAACUUUAUUCAACCGUUGCCCUUUCAACCAUCGCCAGAAAGACUUUCUAAAUCCCAGAAAGUAAGCAGACUGUACCCUUGGAAGGGUUGUGUUAUCAGAGCGGCCGUUGGUUGAGAACAUUUGGAGCAAAAGGGGUUGUUAAGAUGCCCGCUUUAUCCUUUUUAUACAUCGUGUAGAAAAAACCAAAUAUAUAGAAAAGACUAGGUGAAUUACCCUAGUGGCUAACUCUGGGAUUUCCUCUUGAACUUAGAAAAAGGAUAUUCAAACAAUCUUUUGGUGGUACAAAACUUGUAAAUGGCUUUGAAAAAAGCAAACAUUUAAUAAACUAAAUCUUUUCGUCUGACACUCUUCAGAGUUUAAAACGUCAGAACAUAGAUCGAAAACUCUACGCUAGGAAAUAUAUAUACCCAGUUGUGGAUCGAAAUAGGCCAAUCAGAAACACGAGCACAUGACUGUAUAGGUUGACCAAUCAGUGCCGCUUGCCUAUUCUUAAGUUCUGUUAUUUUCUGACGUUUUAAACUCUGGAGAGUGUCAGACGAAAAGCUUUAGUUAACUAAAUGUUUGUUUUUUUCAAAGCCAAUUAAAAAUGAUAUUCCUUUACUAAAUGUAUACAAUGAAUAAUACUAUAUAAAUUCUAAAUAGCAUAUUUCAUGUAACCUAGUUAUUAAUUUGUGUACUAAGCAAAUAAUUAAAUUCAUCUGUAUUGAGUUUCAAUCAAUAAUUGUAUGACUGUAAGUCAAUUAUAUAAUAUUUUACAUUA